AUGUUACCCAGUUGGCCACAAGAGGCCGAUGAGUCGGUAGCUUUCUCUGUAGUGGGCAAGCGGAGCAUUCACCUUUCUGGGUACAUUGCGACUGAAGAAAGAGAUUAUCUUCCUGAUGGGUAUGAGUCUGAUACAAGAGAGGAUAUAGGGGAUGCAGAAUCAGAUGAUGAAUCCAGUGAAUUUGGUUGUCAUGAUGAUGAGGAUGCCAAUUGUGAUUUCAACAUGUUCCAUUCUUCUCCUGUCACAGAUAGUGGAGGCAUGAGAAUUGGGGACAAAAGAAGAAUCACGAUCCCUCCUAAACUGCGCUAUGGACCUAAAGGUGCUGGAAACAUGAUACCGCCAAACGCGUGGCUCGUAUUCGACGUGGAGUUGAUGGUUAUCCUGUGA